CAUUUUUCACCAGCACCGCGCUCUUGAUCGAGUUGCCUGCCAUCUCUUUGUCUUCGCUCCUCGAACGACGCACUCCCUCCUACUAGUACUACCUCGAGUCCUCGCCAACGGCCGCCCCUGAGACAUCAACCACAUUCCUCACCUUGCCGCGUGCCAUCCACGCCUUGCCAGCCUUAGCAGCCAGCCUCCUGAGUCCUGGAGCGACCGGCCCCCUCAGUUUGAACUCGGCUUGAGGGCUUUGAAAGGGUUCGCCCGACCCUGGACGGUCAUUAAAACAUCUCCAGUCUUUUUCCCGUCGAUCACCUCCACCGUCCUCCAAGGAUACCCUCACGCCAAGCGUACUAAGUUACCAUGCGAUCCGUCAUCGCCCUGGCUUACACGCUGCUCGCGGCCGUCCUGGUCGCCGCGGUGCCCUUUUCCGGGCCCGACACGCUCGGCCUCGUCGUCCGAGACUGCGAGUGCCCGGACGACAGCGGCGAAGAUGGCUCCUGUACCUGCGCCGACCCCGCCUCCCCGCCGCAGCGCCUGCAAAUCGACACGGCCAAGCUGGACUGCAAGGCGUGCAUGGACAGCGGCAAGCCCUGCGCCUGCGCGCCCCCAGACGCCCGACUGUUCCACUGCCUGUGCACCGGGGGCAGGGCGGACGGACUGGCGGAACCGUGUGCGUGCGGCGUGGCGGGACGAGGACUCCUCAACGACCUGUUGCACGAGCCUGCCGACAAGAUGGCCGGCGCCGAAAACGCCAACGACGACGGGACGAAGCCGAAGCCUCUCUUGUGCGGCGGGGAUUUCAAGCUGGGCAAGACGUCGUCGUGCGCCGGCAACCACAGUUCGUCGAGCUUCGACAGGAAGCGCAACGCCUCGUCGCGAUGGGGCCUCAUCGGCAAGCUCCUGUCCUCUGUCGGUGGCGUUUCCGACAGCAGCAAGGCAGACGGGGACAAGACGCCGCCAGCGACGGACACGAACUGCGGCAAGUCUCUCCGGCUGUGGGAGGCAUCGACGUGCGUCGGCAGCCAGGACCAGGCCAGGUUCCAGUGCAUGUGCCAGGAAAAUGGGGUCAAUGGCAAGACGAGGCCCUGUCCCUGCAACGGGCCCGACGGCAACCACCUCACAUUUCUGGGCAACAGGGUGUGAGGCCGAGGGCGGCGGUUUAUUAUGAACGGGAAGAUGAGCGCAGCGUUGUGCUUGGCUCAUAUAAGUAAUUCUUGAUGUUCUCCCCGCUAUUCGAUGAGAAUGGGCAAAGAAACGGUAUUCCUAUCAUGAGUCGCUAUAAUAAAUUCCAUCAAACGCGAU